AUGAAGCUUAUAACUGUGACGUUCGUAACGCUCGUCUUGACUAUUGGAAUUUCUGAACAAUAUUUUCACUCACCUGCAGUUGAACUCAUUAAAAAAGUUCACGAGGAAAGUUUUGCGGAGGCGAUUUGUUUCGUUUGCGUUGACGGUGCAUUUUUGAAUUUGUUUUUGAAAGUACAUUCUAAUAUUCCAGUGGUAAUUUUUGAUUCGCAUUCGCCGAAUAUCUCUUCAAAUGCCAGCAAAAGCCUCUAUGGCCACGUGAUGAUAGUGGUUGAAGCUGUCAGAGAGGAUCCAAAUGAUAUCGAAGUCCUGCACGAAUUAAUUCUCCGACUUGGAGUUCGAAAUUUUGCAGCCAUCAUUGCAGAGGAUAUUGACAGAUUACGACGGUACUUCUCGUUCCUAUGGGAGAAGAAAUUCAGGAGGACUUUUGGAAUUGUUAAUGGAACUUUCUAUGCAUAUUUUCCGUAUGCAGAUUCAACAGUUCUUCGGUUUACCAAUUUGAACCCUCUCCCGAAUGCACAGAUGAACCUGAACGGGCACGUGAUACGUACUGCUAUCAAAUUGGACCUGCCUCGGUCAUUUUGGUAUACUGACAAUCAUGGUGUUCGAAAAGUGGGAGGCUUUGUUGCCCAAGUGUUGACGCACUUUCUGGAAAAGUACAAUGGAACUUUCGUCGAUGCUCUGAAGAAUAAUUUUGAAAAGAUGAAGGAGAUAGACGCAGUUGUGAAGGGUAACAUGGAUGUCACUAUGAACCCUUACAUUCCCUCCGAGGGCAUUCAACUAAGUUACCCUGUUAAACUGAGCAGAUGGACGAUAAUAGUUCCACUGAGGGGCUUUUUAGAUCCGAAUGAGUACUUCUUACGGCCAUUUUCACCGACACUCUGGAUAUGCAUCGGACUGACUUGCUUGUACAUCAUCCUUAUGCACAUGCUGAUGAACAUUUUGCUGGGUUUGCCACCAAACAUUUGGCAUUCAUUUAGCCAAAUGUAUUUAACAAUGUUGAAUAUGUCUUUGGACCAGGAAUACUUCAGGGCCUAUCGUUUCCAGUUCAUUCAAAAAAUAUUUGCCUUCAUCAUUGUGAAUUUCUAUCUUGUGUUUCUGACAUCAUUUCUGACAGUAUACAUAAAAGUGAAGGAGUACGACUCGAUUGAAGAGCUCAUCGAUGAUGGUUUUCCUGUGAUGAUGGCCGAAUACGAUUGGAACUUCACUGACCAUAAAAUAUUCCCAAAGGGCUUUGAGAAAAUCCUUUUAAUUGUUCCGGCAGAUGAGCUGGUUAAGACGCGGUAUUCAGUGCAAAAUACAACCUAUGCAUAUGGUGGAGGUAUAGAUGCUUCUAAUUUUUUGCAAAGUGUGGUCGCGAGAUAUUCAAGGCCAAAGUUUAAGUGGAUAAGUGCAAGUUUGAAUCAAGCCUUGUAUGCAUUUAUUUGGGCCCAGAAUGCACCACUUCAAGAAGUCUUAGGUCAGUUUAUAAUUAGAAUUUCUGAUUAUGGAUUAAUAAUAAAAUGGACACAGGACGCAGUUAUGCAGGGAUCUCAAAUUGUGAAGAAAUAUAUGAAGAUUAAACCCGAAUCUUCGGAUAUUCUGUUCCCUUUGACGGUUAAACAGUUGCGGUUUGCUUGGACUUGUCUUUUGUCGGGAUUGACAGUUGCUUCUGCUGUGUUCUUGGGAGAAAAAUUUGGUGUUAAUUUGUGGAAGUCGUUUUCGUUUAAUAGCAAUAGGAACCCAAAAAUGUAG